AUGGGUAAGAAGAGUCGAGUGAAAACGCAGAAAUCGGGCACUGGUGCCACAGCAAGUGUGUCGCCGAAGGAAACCUUGAACCUGACCAGUGAGCUGUUACAGAGGUGCAGUAGCCCCGCACCCGGCCCGGGGAAGGAAUGGGAGGAGUACGUGCAGAUCCGGUCUCUCGUCGAGAAAAUACGGAAAAAACAAAAAGGUCUGUCUGUUACUUUUGAUGGAAAAAGAGAAGAUUACUUUCCCGACCUAAUGAAGUGGGCCUCUGAAAAUGGAGCCUCUGUCGAGGGUUUUGAAAUGGUCAACUUCAAAGAAGAGGGCUUUGGUUUGAGAGCAACAAGAGACAUCAAGGCAGAAGAAUUAUUUUUGUGGGUUCCACGAAAAUUACUAAUGACCGUUGAAUCUGCUAAAAAUUCAGUGUUGGGGCCCUUAUAUUCUCAAGACCGGAUUCUUCAAGCUAUGGGAAAUAUCACACUGGCCUUUCAUCUGCUGUGUGAGCGAGCCGACCCUAACUCUUUCUGGCAGCCCUACAUUCAGACCCUCCCCAGCGAAUAUGACACUCCUCUCUACUUUGAAGAGGAUGAAGUUCGGGACCUUCAGUCCACACAAGCCAUCCAUGAUGUCUUCAGCCAGUAUAAGAACACAGCCCGGCAGUACGCCUACUUCUAUAAGGUCAUCCAGACCCAUCCUCAUGCCAACAAACUGCCCUUGAAGGACGCUUUCACUUACGAGGACUACAGGUUGAUCACCACCGGCUACAACCUGGAAGAUGACCGAUGCGAGUGUGUGGCCCUGCAGGACUUCCGGGCUGGAGAGCAGAUUUACAUUUUUUAUGGCACUCGGUCAAAUGCAGAGUUUGUGAUCCACAGUGGUUUUUUCUUUGACAAUAAUUCACACGACAGAGUGAAAAUAAAGCUGGGAGUGAGUAAGAGUGACCGACUCUACGCCAUGAAGGCCGAGGUCCUGGCCCGCGCCGGCAUCCCCACUUCCAGUGUGUUUGCGCUGCAUUUUACCGAGCCGCCCGUCUCUGCCCAGCUCCUGGCUUUUCUCCGCGUAUUCUGCAUGACUGAAGAAGAAUUGAAAGAACAUUUGCUGGGAGAUAAUGCUAUAGACAGAAUCUUCACCUUGGGUAAUUCCGAGUAUCCCGUUAGCUGGGACAAUGAGGUCAAACUUUGGACAUUUCUUGAAGAUCGAGCCUCGCUUCUUUUAAAAACCUACAAAACAACCAUUGAGGAAGACAAGGCCUUCUUGAAAAACCACAACCUUUCUGUGCGCGCAACAAUGGCCAUCAAGCUGCGCUUAGGAGAAAAGGAGAUUUUGGAGAAAGCGGUGAAGAGCGCAGCCGCCAACCGGAAGUACUACCGCAAGCAGAUGGAGGCGGGGGCCCCGCUGCCCCGGUGCGAGGAGAGCGGCGCGGGGGGCGCCAGGCUGCCCUUGGCCUUGAGGAGCCUGGAGGAGGAGGCCGGCGCCCACGAGGCCCUCACCCUGGCCGAGGCCGUGGGCGGGGCGAAGGCCGUGGAGAAUGGGCUCGUGAACGGCGAGAACUCUAUCCCCAACGGGACCGGGGCGGAGAAGGAAAAUUUAAAUCGGGAGGAAAGCCGAAGAGCGGCCGAGGGCACCAAAGAAUCUUGUGCAGACGGCACGGAGGGCACCAGGGAGCAGCAGCCCCGCGGAGGUGCCGUCUGCACCGAGCUGAGCUGA